AUGAGAAGAGGGGAAAACUCUCCGCUCAUCUCUCGGUCGCAAAUGGAACAGCCCGCCGCCGAAGUCCGCGGCAGCGCCGCGCUCGACGCGACCGAGCCCGGCGCCCACGAUGCAAGAAGAGAAGCGCGCGUCCGCUAUCUUGCUUUACUAGCAUGUAUCAACUCCGUGAGCCUGGGCUACCAGAUCGGGGCCGUGACCGUCUCCAACGGGUUGGUAAAAAGACACCUCGACCUGUCGAACGCGCAGCUCGCGGCCUAUGAAGCGUCAGUUAACAUCGCGGCCAUCGCCGGCGCUAUAUUAUCAGGCCUCAUCUCCGAAGAGCUUGGAAGGCGCAAGGUCUUCCUCCUCUCCGCUUUUGUAUUUAGCGCGGGGUCGGUCGUGCAAGCUUUGUCUUGGACGUACGCGUCGCUGCUCGUGGGCAUCCUCCUUGUUGGUUUAGGAGUGGGCAUCGGCCUGGCCAUCGACCCGUUAUAUAUCGCGGAGAUCUCGCCGCCGGGCGGCCGCGGUUUUUUCGUCACUUAUAGCGAGGCGGCGAUCUCCGCCGGUCAAUUACUCGGUUAUGUCAUCGCAUUAAUAAUAAACGCGUCGAUGGGCAGCUGCGCCUGCGCCUGGCGGUUGAUGUUGGGGUUGGGCGUCGUGCCGGCGGCGUGCCUCGCGUACGCGGUAAUUUUCAUCAUGCCCGAAUCACCAAGGUGGCUCGCGCGGCACGGGCGCGAGGAGGAGGCGAGGAAGGUCUUGGAGGACGAUUUGCAGUGGGACGCGACGCGGGCCCAGGCCAUCCUCGAGGACGUGCGAGCCGAAGCGGCCCAGGCGCCGGCCGCGGGCCAGACGUGGCUUGGGCUAUUACAUUUGGCGCGGACGAAGCCGGCCGUGCCGCCUCGGCGUCCUUUUUUCAACGCGCAGUCGCGUCGUAUCGACGCAACGUCCGCGCAGGUGAGGCGCAUGCUAUUAGUAGGCGUCGGUACGGCCGUCGCGCAGCAACUGAGCGGCACGGACGCGCUCUUCUACAACUACGUCAAGGCCGCCGACGCGGUCGGCUUCUCGCGGCUCUGGAAGGUCUACGCUACUUUGGUCGGGUUUGGCACGUGCAAACUGAUCACGGCCUUCGCGUCGAUGUAUCUGCUCGAUACCGUGGGAACCUGUGUGGAAAUCAAAUUUUGGGCGCCCCACGCCAUCGACGCGAUGCUGUACCUAUAACUGCGUCUGCUCGAUGGCGUAGAGUUCACGCCAUCGACGCGACGUUGUUCCCAUGACCGCGUCUGGUCGAUGGCGUGGAGGUGCACGAAGGUCUCCGCAAUAUUUCUCAGGAUAACCUAACUCACUGGUCUAUUUCCCCACAGGUGGGAAGAAGGCCGCUCGUCGUGGCGUCGGCCUUUGCGACCACGACGGUGCUCUACCUCCUGGCGUUGGUGUUUGGAUGGGCGACGGAGCAGCGAGGCAAUUCGGGAUAUGAGUCGCUGGUGAUUUUGCUGUUUUAUGCCUACGUCAUCGCGUUCGAGAUCGGCCUGGGGCCGGGCUGCUGGCUCGUGCCCUCGGAGUGCUUCUAUAAUGAUAUUAGGAUGCGGGCCAUGUCGCUCGCGACCUUUGCCAAUAGAUGUACGACGACGGGCGUCGUCGGCACGGCCAUAUCCAUCCAGCGCGCCUGGAGCUGGAGCGGCUUUUAUGCGUGGUACGGCUCGGUGUGCCUGACCGGAGCCGUGUUCCUAUUCGUGUUUCUGCCGGAGACGAAAGGAAAGUCGCUAGAACAGAUGUACACGUACUUUGAGAAGAUUACGGGCGGUGAUUUCGGCGCGGCGCUCUCGGCGAGCGAGGGCGGGCAACCGGCCUUGGCCUAGUUUUGAGCAUG